AUGGCCGUCUUCCUGAUUGCAGGCCUUCUCGGUGGGCUGCUGUCCAAGUCCCCGUCUUCCUUGCCGCGUGCACCCACAAUUGACUUGGGGUACUCCCGGUAUCAAGGGGUGUCGCUUCACAAUGGUGUGGAUCAGUACCUCAGCAUGCGGUACGCCAAGGCACCCACCGAUGACUUGCGAUUCCGGGCGCCUCGAGACCCUGAUCACACGGAGAACUUGCUGGACGCAUCCUCGUUAGUUUGGGCCCGUUUGUGUCGGGGUAGGGCAGUUGGCGACCGAGUCGCUAGCGGAAGACUGUUUAUUCGUCAAUGUCUGGCGACCAAAGAACGCCAGCUCAAGCUCCAAUCUCCCGGUCUGGUUCUUUAUUCAAGGGGUGGCUAUGCCGUCGAUUCCAACGCCAACUACAACGGCAGUGAGGUGGUGGAGCAAUCGGGGCACGAGAUUGUGUUCGUGAACUUCAAUUAUCGCGUCGGUGCCCUUGGAUUCCUCGCCAGCGAAAGCGUGCGGAAGAAUGGAGACCUCAACGCGGGGCUACUAGACCAGCGCAAGGCACUACAUUGGGUUCAAAAGUACAUCCGCCAGUUUGGAGGCAAUCCAAACCAUGUCGUCAUCCAUGGUGACUCGGCCGGUGCGGGUUCCGUGGCGCAUCAUUUGACAGCGUAUGGUGGACAAAAUACAACCCUCUUUGUGGGCGCGGUCGCCGAGUCCUCUUUCUGGCCCACGCUGAGAACGGUUGCGGAGAUGGAAUUCCAAUAUGAGCGAUUCGCCCGGGAUGUUGGCUGUCACUCUGCAGAUGACGUGCUUGCUUGUCUGCGCGCGACCGAUAUCAAGACCAUCCAGAUGGCCAACGUUGCUCGGCCCUUCCCGGGUGGAAGCAGUGCCCCUAUUCCGCUGUGGUAUUUUCUCCCAGUGGUGGAUGGAACUCUUAUUCCUGGUCGGCUGUAUAGCCUGUUUGACCAGGGGCAAUUCAUCGCAGUCCCGCUCAUGGUCAGUGACGACACCAACGAAGGCACCAGCUUUGCUUAUGAUGCGACGAAUCAAUUAGAGGUCGCGCAGUUCAUGAAAAACAACUACCCUGGCCUGAGUGGACUUCAACUCAAUGCCAUCCAUAAGGCAUAUCCACGAAUGAAUGCUCUUCCGCAGCAUGGCGCUUACUUUCCCUCUGCGGCAGCCGCGUAUGGAGAUUCCACGUUCACGUGUCCAGGCAAUUUGAUGGCGACGAAUAUGGCUCGUCACUUCUCGUCCAGUCAAGUCUGGAACUACCGUUUCAAUGUCAGAGACCCCACUGAGGUGGCGAAUGGGAUGGGCGUUCCUCAUGUCUUCGAUCUGCCUGCGAUCUUUGGAGUCGGACAGACAAACAUGCCGGCAUACUCGUAUGCCAACUCCAACGCGGACAUUGUGCCUAUCACCAUGGACUACUAUCUCAGUUUCAUCAAAGCGCUGAAUCCAAACACCCACCGGAACUCGAUUGCACCGGAGUGGCAUGCUUGGGGAUCCGGGGCGGGACAACGACUGAAGUUGCAGACCAAUGCCACCGCGAUGGAAAAGGUGCCCCAGACACAGUUAGAGCACUGUUCGAUGUGGAAGACAUUUGCCGCAGAUAUGGAGCAUUAG